AAAAUUUUCGGAUCACAAAGGAAGUACUCCUGUCAAGAGCAUAAACCGAAAGCAAUCUUCGUCGACCCCCCUCGCCCACGCCCUCGCCGGCCGCUGAUAGCCCACCGCCGGCAUUCGAUCACCGAUCUCCGGCCUUCGCUUCAGAUACAAUAGAAGAUGCCAUCCAAAAUUGCACAAAUUCGCCUUGUAAGUUCACAUCCUGAAGUUUAUGAACCAUGUGAUGACUCAUUUGCGUUGGUUGAUGCGCUUCUAGCUGAUCAGAUGAACUUGUUAAUGCAUAAUCCGAAACUGUGCAUGGAAGUUGGGUGCGGUAGUGGAUAUGUUAUUACGUCUCUAGCUCUUGUGCUUGGGCAGGGGGCCUGCGGGGCCUAUUAUAUUGCUACCGACAUCAAUCCUCAUGCUGUGAGAGUGACCAGUGAGACACUUGAAGCACAUGGGGUUCAUGCAGAAUUGAUAACUACUGACAUUGCAUCAGGGCUGGAGGAGAGACUGGCAGGAUUGGUGGAUGUGAUGGUUGUGAAUCCACCUUAUGUGCCAACACCUGAAGAGGAAGUAGGCCGUGAUGGGAUUGCCUCGGCUUGGGCUGGGGGGGAGAAUGGUCGGUGUGUCAUUGAUAAGAUAUUACCCGUUGCUGACAAACUUUUGUCCGAUAGGGGCUGGUUGUACAUGGUUACUCUUACAGCGAACAAUCCCUCAGAAAUAUGCCUUCAAAUGAGAGAUAAGGGUUAUGCUUCCAGAAUUGUUGUGCAGAGAUCAACAGAAGAGGAGAGUCUCCAUGUCAUUAAGUUUUGGCGAGAUAGUGAUGAUAUAUUGCAGGCAAAUGAAGUCGAGGCAGUGAACAAAACAGGCCCUGCAAGAAUUUUUCAGUCUUUGCUUUCACAGUUUCCUGGGUUAUUGUUUGGGAGAAACAGCAACAGUAGUAGUACCUGAUUUUUAAGAAGGUAAACAUGAAUUUCUACACUCUGAUAAAAUAUGGUUGCCUUUUUCUUCCCCUUCCAUGUCAUUAUUGAGUUUAGAACAUGGAAUUCGGUCACAAUGUUACAACUGAUAACCUCAUGCAAUUCAUAAAAGGUCUCUUUCCAUGAAUUGAUGCCUGCACAGCCAGCUGAUUCCCUGGUAAGCCAUUCCUUUUCUUUCUUUCUUUUUUUUGCUUUGUGGCAAGUUGGUGAGUGAAUCUGCUCCAACAAGAAACUUAUAUAUGUGAGAAACGACUCAAAGCAGUUCCUAGUGAGGCAUUUUUCACUAUGUCUCGACCAAUACUUUGAAUGCCUUUCCUUGCAUCAUACCAUUUUAGUACAAGGUAUUGAUACCAGCCCCUCGAGGCAAAAACUUUGAGCAUGCUUUUAAAAUCUAUGGACCACUAUUAUAUCUCAAAACUACAACGUGGAAAUAUGAUAAGCUACACGUAAUUUUUUUUUUUUUUUUUGAAGAUAGCUACACAUAAUAAAAACAUGAGAAACCAUAGUAUUAUGCAAGAUAAUUGCAAAAUAUUCAAAGUAACAUGCAAUAUGAGACUAUAUUAAGCUGGAAAUGCAGGGCUUUAUGUGAUUUAUCUGCAUGUUAUAUUGCAACUUGUGCAGGGGGGAAAUGUGAAAUUUAACUCUAUAUGGUUGAGUGUAAAAGAAGAACUUUAUGCAUGUAACUUAGUAUGUUUAAAAGAAGCACUUUUACGCAUGUUAUAGCAAUUGCGCAAGUAGUUAGUACAUAUAAUGAGUCAAUGACUGUAUAAAACACAAUUAUAUAGAACGUGUUCACUGGAAAGUAUCAUAAACUUAUUUUAUCCCUUUAUCUGGGUUUCAACACCUCCUCCAUUAAACCCCCUCUCCAGGUGCUCCUCCUCCUCAUCCAAGAGUGUCAAAAUCAUAGCAUCAACAGUAGGUCUAUGACUAUGAGAACAAGAAAGUGUAUAGAUUUGCAUAAUACUCAACAGAGUCCUUCUACUCCCUCGUCUCUUCUCCAUCCAUGGCCACAUGAUCAGUAAAGUUACGCCUCAUAGGAAUUCGUUAGUUUAGUGAAGAACUUAGUAUUCCUGCCUUCUUAAGCCUCAAGCCUUGAUUUUUUUUCUCCAACUAACCAUCAGAACAGUGCUACCCAACUCUUAUUUUGUUUCUUUUUCUUCAAACAGUUUCCUCUUCUGACUCCAUAUCUUUCCGAUGCCACUUCUCAAUACACUCCAGAGCUUUAGCUUUCUCAGAGGUCAGUCAGGUCAUUAAACACUUGUUCCACAACCAUUACCACUACAGAGCUUGGGUCCCCUUUCAACUAAAUAAUGGUUCCGCCACUAGUCAGCCUUGUCCACAGAUCUAUCCUUCUCGAGCCGCUUGUUUUCACAACAAAAGGGACUCCUCCCACCAUCUAUAACCCCGUAAUCAAAAUGCGCUAUGGAUUUGACACCGGCCUCCAUAAGGUAAUUUGUGAGAAAGUAGAGAAGUUUUCAUCCCCAUUUAAUGAGAUGAAAAAUGAGUUCAGCUUCUCUGCCGUCCUAAAUUUGACUACACGGAGCAGUUUGCCUAUACUGGACAUCUCCUUGAUGGUCCAAGCCAUUACUAUCGUAGGCCCGUUGGAAAGAGUGUCCACCCAAAAAUUCAAGUUAAUUAGGCUCCCACAACUAAUUAAUUGUAACGCUUUUAUGUCGCAAAAUUAAAUAGUCUAUCCAUUUUUGCUACACCAAAGUAUUCUUUUUGUGUUUUGAUCAACAACACUAAAAUGCUGCUGUGCUGGUCAACUUGAAUUUGUAUGAGGACAUACUACCUGACGAGCCCUACAAUAUGAAUGGCUCACAUUAUUGAGAAGGGGUCCAGAUAUGGGCAAACUGCUCCGUGCAGUUCCAAACAGGACUGCAGAGAAGCUGAUUCCGUAAAAAUUCUAUCGAUCCUUGUAUAAACGGCUAAUCCUAAUUGUACCAUGAUGUCAAAUGCAAAAAUGUGGCAACAUCCAUCAACUCCUUUUUUUCUCUUAAAUGCAAGAAUUUCCUCAGACUUUUGGAAACGAUUCUCCACCCCUUGGCAUUUCUUCUUUUGAAUCCAACAAUUACCCCCCUAGCUCAGUCCUGAUAUCAUCGAAGACUAGACAAUUAGCCCGCAAACAUCCUUCCAUUCACAAAGACCCUUUCCCGCAGAACUAGGAUGCUCCAAGUUCUCUAUAGUUGCUAUAUCCUCCCAACUUAUAAUAAUCUUACACACCAUGAACUUCUAACUAUUUUAUUGUUUAUAUUAUUCAUCUUGGUUUCCUGUACUAGCUCGCCCCCCCUCCAAGUGCACAUCAUAAAAAAAUGACUGUUCUUUGUCUUUUGUUAUUCAGCCCCGCAUGCAUCGUAUCAAGAUUUUUAGCUUCAUUUUAUCAAGAUUUUUAGCUUCAUUUUAUCAAGAUUUUUAGCUUCAUUGAGAUUCUAAGUCCCAAUUUUCUUAGCAGGUCAUUUAGGUUUUAGGUUAGACUUGACCAGCAUAUGGACUAGGUCUUCUAAUGUUCUGAUUAAAUCCAAUGUCUUACUGAUGCAAACAUAUCUAUUCCAUCCUCACCACCUUUGUAAUGAUGAACUUUACAUUCCUAAAAAUUGAUGGUGCUGCAUUUUUUUGGUUUCGUGUGUACUAAGAACUCCAUAUAGUAGUUGGAAUUGAAGGAUAGAACUUAGAAGUUCCCUGAAUAUAUCAUCAAUAAACUGUUCUUCUGCAGUUCCUACCUCAUUACUCGUUGUACGCACCCAGAAACACAGAUACAGUUGGUUAUAGCAUUUUCUGAGAUCUGCUGUGAAUCAUCUUUUCUAUUCCUAAUGAAUGCCCCCACCCCUUUUAUUGUGUAUAACCUUGGGAAUCAGAAGACAGGAAUACUUAAAAGUGUCAUUUCUGUAAAAUUUUCCGUUUUUUGUUUUUCAUUUUAAAUGGCAGAAGUAUGGUAGAGUAAUUGCUCCAGCUGAUGACUCUCUUACCUGAUCCUGUAUAAAAAUCUCUCUUCAUCUCACCUCUGUGAGAAAUUCUUCUUUUCUAAAUCAGCAUUUUGUUAAGAUUCUCCUCUGAGAAAUUACAUAUUAGCCUUCAGAAUUUACAGGUAUAAUUUGGUAGAUGGCUGUCUUAGUUGCAAGAUCUGACUUCAUUAGAAGUUGGAAAUCUGAAAUGCAAAUCCUUCUUUACCAGGACCUCUUGUUUUCUGAAUCAUUUGUGGCUUUGAUGUCCCUUACAGAUAUCUUAGGUUAGUUGUGGGACAUUGCUUCUCAAUUAUCGCAAAGGAGACAGCGGAUUCAUGAAGUAGACCUCAAUUGGUUUGCGGGAUAUUGCUUCACAAGUAUCGCAAGGUAGCCUUGUUGUUAGGGGUUGAUGCUGUGUAUCAAUAAACUGGUCUGGUGGCCCAUACAGUUCUCUUAGUUUUUCUCAUACAGCUUUCUGAUGGUCUGUUAAAUGGUACUUAUGUCAGCUGAACCCCCUUGAAUUGAGUACCAUGACUCUGUGAGAGAAGCAUACAGUAGCAGCAGAUGAACCAUAGGAUGUUGUCCAAUAUUACAGGAAGAAUCUGUAGUUUUUGCAUGAGCAUAAGACUCAGUCAGUCCACAGAAGGGACAUGGGUGAUUGCUGCUGCAGCAUUUUAACGACUACUCUCCUGCUACUGUGUUAAAUUCGCCCAGAGGCUGUAGGCUGUAGCCAGCCUGCAUGGUAGAGAGUUAACAUGUUCCUGAGAGAGCUCUGCUCCUCAUUACUGACAGCAAUGUUCUGCACAAGCGCGAGAGUUAGAGAUUACCACCUAAGUAUUGAGUGUAACAGUUAUAUCAAUUUGAAUUUUUUUGGUUGGGUCA